AUGUCUUUGCAUUUCCCUGGUUCUGUCAUGCCUCCUCCGUGCUCCUUUGGUUCCCCUCAUUCCCACUCCAUGUCACAGUCAGUAUUUGCAGAUCACCUCUCUAACGCUUGUUUCCCCCCUUCUUUUAUUUUUGUCAUCUGGCAGGGGGACCCCAUACCCGAAGACAUUUAUGAGAUUUUGGGUGCCAGCUCAGUGCGCUCCAUCAGCGACCUCCAGCGUGCCCUGCGGAUAGACUCCGUAGAGGAGGAUAGCUCAAACCUGAGCGGGAAUGCAACUCAGCCCGGUCAAAACCCCGUGGCCCUGUCUCGAGAGCGACGAAGCCUAGAUGCUCUGGCAGCAGCAGAGCCAGCUGUUCUCGCAGAGUGCAAGACACGGGCAGUGGUCUUUGAAAUCUCCCGCAACAUGGUAGACAGCACUAAUGCCAACUUUGUGGUGUGGCCACCCUGCGUGGAGGUGCAGCGCUGCUCCGGCUGUUGCAACAACCGCAACGUGCAGUGUCGCCCCACGCAGAUUCGCAUCCGGCACGUCCAGGUGAACAAGAUCGAAUUUGUCCAGAGGAAGCCAAAAUUCAAAAAAGUCAUUGUGCCUUUGGAGGACCAUGUGCAGUGUCGGUGCGAAGCGGUGUCCCGUCAGCCCCCCAGGAACAGCCGGCCAGCGCCUCGUGAACAGAGACGCUUGUCACCGUCGUUCACCACAGCCGCUGUCUCACAGAGGCAGAGAGUACGCCGGCCCCCGGUGCAGAAGAGGAAACAUAAGAAGUACAAGCAUGUCAACGAUAAGAAAGUGCUGAAAGAAAUCCUCAUAGCAUAGAAGUGCUGGCAGGGGAGAGAGAGCACAAGGCAGGUUUAUUUAAUAUAUUUGCUGUAUUGCCCCCAUGGGGUCCUUGGAGUGAUAACUUUUCCUCUUCGUCCGUCUGCCUCAACAUCUGAUCCAGACGGCAAUUGGUGCUUCCCUUUCCAUCAGUGGACCUUCUCCCACCAAAGCCUCUCCUUUCUUUCAUUUAUUAGCAUAAUUUUAAAGUUUUACACACACAAAAAAGGACAAAC